AUGUCUAACCCACACAACUAUGUCGUGGGCUGGAUCUGUGCUAUUCGAACUGAGUUUGUUGCUGCGCAAACCUUCCUCGACGAAAAGCACCAAGGGCCUGAAUGCGUGUCUACACACGAUAAUAACAAUUACGCACUGGGUAGGAUUGGUAGACAUAAUGUCGCCAUAGCUGUCCUUCCCCAUGGGGAAUAUGGUAUAUCAUCUGCCGCUAGCGUUGCAAGAGAUAUGCUUCAUAGUUUUCCUAAUAUUCGAAUUGGCUUGAUGGUCGGCAUCGGCGGCGGAGCGCCCAGUCCGAAGCAUGAUAUCCGUCUCGGCGAUGUUGUUGUGAGUGCCUCUGGCAAAGGAAGGUUCGGCGGAGUAUUCCAGUAUGACUGCGGAAAUGUCAUACAGGGCCAGGAGUUCAAAGAGACGGGGUUCUUGGAUCGGCCUCCUACAAUACUGCGAACUGCUAUGAACGGACUCAUGGCUCAAUAUGAGGUUGAAGGUCAUCAGUUCAACGAAUCUAUUAACACCAUUCUGGAGAAGUCACCGAGAUUACGCAAAAAAUAUGGACGACCUAAGACCACCGAUAGGCUGUAUAGGUCCGAGGUGCUCCAUCAGCCGAAUGACGAGUCCAGCUGUGCCCUUUGUGGCGAAGAUCCAUCGAAUUUACAAGUACGACACGAACGUACCAGAGGCGAAGACAAUCCAUCGAUCCACUACGGUCUGAUCGCGUCGUCAAGCAUGCUAAUGAAGGACGCUUUGAUUCGUGAUGCCUUUGCAAAAAGAGAUGUCCUUUGUUUCGAAACGGAAGCAGCUGGCUUGGUAAAUCACUUUCCAUGCCUGAUAAUUCGUGGCAUCUGCGACUAUGCCGACACGCACAAGAACGACGAGUGGCAAGGGUUUGCGGCGAUGGCAGCGGCAGCAUAUGCUAAGGAUCUGCUAUGUCAAAUCCCUCCGAACAAGGUUGAAUUCGAGAAGAAAAUCGGUCAAGUUUUGUCUGGUUAG